CCAAUAAAGGCAAACCUGUGAUCUUUACCACCCUAUCUACUUGUGUGGCCACUUUCAGGGAGCUAUGGAUUUGAAACCCAAGAUUCCUCUAUACAUCAAUGCAGUUCAGGAUCCAGCCAUUGCAUAACAAACUCCAUCUACCAUUUCUCUGCCCAUAUCUGAGAAUGAUCUGUAUCCUUUGACAACCUUCGACUAUUCACACUCCUCCAAUUUUGGUAUCGUCUGCAAACCUACCCAUCUAUAAUUUUCAUCCAAGCCUUUUAUAUGUACCACAACCAGCAGAGGUCCCUGUAUGGAUCCCUGAGGAACACCACUAGUCACGAACCACCAGCCUGAAAACACCCUUCCACUGCUUCUCUCUGUCUUCUAUGGGCUAGCUGAUUCUGAAUCCAUGUGGUCAAGUUCUAAUGGUUCUCAUACAUCUUAAUCUUUUGGAUAGGCCUAAUGUGUGAGACCUUAUCAAAAGCCUUACUAAAAUCCAUGUGCACAGCAUUCACUGCUCUACCCUCAUCAAUCACUUUCGUCACCUCCUUGAAAAAUUCAAUAAAGUUAGUAAAACAUUAUCUGCCUUGCACAAAGCCAUGCUGACUGUCCCUAAUUAGGCCAAAUGUUCAUAAAUCCUAUCCCCAACAAUUGUCUGCAGUAGCUUCCUCGCCAGAGAUGUGAGACUCACCAUUCUGUCAUUUCCUGGAAUAUUCCUAUUUCCUUAAUUGAACAAAGGAACAUUACUUGGCAGUCCUCCGGCACUUCUUGAGCGGCUAGCGAGGAUACCAAGAUCUUGGUCAAGGCCUCCGUAAUCUCCUCUCUUGCCUUUCUCGAUAAUCUGGGGUAGAUACCAUCAGGUCCUGGGAUCUUAUCCAACUUAAUGCUGUUCCAGAGCCCAACACCAUGUUCUUGAUCUCAAAAUGCUGUAGCAUUUAGCAUGCUCCACACAAAUCUUACUAUCCUUCUCCUGGGUGAAUUCUGACACAAAGUACUCAUUUAGGGUCUCGCCUACAUCUCCGCCUCCAAGCACAAGUUCGCUCCUUUAUCCGUGAAUGGUCCUACCUUCUUUCUAGUUACCCUCUUGUUUUUAAUGUAUGUAUCGAAUGCUUUGGGAUUCUCUUUAAUCCUACUUGCUAAAGUCAUUUCAUGGCCCCCUUCUUGCUCUCUGAGUUCGUUGCUUGAGUUCUUUCAUGUUUUCUUUAAUUUCCUUACGGGCUUUGUCUGAUUUUUAGCUUUCUAAACCUUAUGCAUGCUUCUGUUUUCAUUUUGACUAAAUUCACAGCUUCCCUUGUUACCUAGGGGUCCCUUAACUUGCCAUCUUGUCCUUUCCCCUUACUGGAACAUACCGGUGUUGAACUCCCAUCAGAGGGUCUUGAAACAAAUCCCACCUGUCAAAUAUGGGCUUGCCUGAUAACUGUUCAUCCCAAUUAACAGUCCAUAGUGCCCGCCUAAUAUUGAUGUAAUCUUUUGCCUUCCCACAAGGUCCUGGCAUCGUUUUAUUUGUAGCUCUCUUAAAACUUCAGGAGUUGUGAUCACUGUUUCCAACAUGCUGUUGUGCUGACAGGUCAGUUACCUGGCCAGGCUCAUUGGCCAAUACAAGGCCUAUUGUGGCCUAUCCUCUCGUUGGACCAUCCACAUACUGUGUCAAGAAACCCUCUUGGAUACACUUAACCCUUUCUGCCUCCUCUAAGCCUCUUGUUUGAAGGGAGUCCCAGUCAGUUUUGGGGAAUUUAAAGACACCCACUGUGACCACCCUGUGGUGAUUGCAUCUUUCCGUAAUCUGCAUUGAUAUUUGUUCUUUAAUGUCUCUGUCUCUGUGCCAUUGGGGUCCGAUAGUAUAAUCUAUCAGAGUGAUUGCAUCCAGUUUACUUUUGAGCUGUAUCAUUAUUGCCUCAACAGAUGAGCCCUCUGACGUAUGUUCCAUCUGACUUCCAUGUGUAGGCCUCUCCAAAAGUUCAGUAAACAACUGCAGUCUUGAAAAAAACUCUCCUGGGUGAUUUUAAAAUAAAUUUCUUUCACGAUGUUUUAAAAAAUAAUUCCCGCACACGUAUAACUUUUUUAGCGUAUAAUUUUAGAAUAAAAAAAGCUUGAACUGUGCAACUCAAAGGCAUCUCAAAGCACUGUAAAUGCAACUUUAUUUGAAAUUUUUUGUUUUUAUUUUGAGUUUUUGACUAUAAAAGAACCAAAAUGAAUCAAAGUAAUCUUACAUUGCUGAAAUGUAAUCAUGAUAAGAAAUCUGGAAGUAAGCUUGCCGUUGCUUCUUAAUAGUUCGUAACUGUUGGGGGACUCAGGUCCGAGAUUUGGACAGAUUUGGAGGACGAAAGAUCCCAGCAGCUUUAAACACUGCCAAUUAGUGUUCUAAAUCUUUAAAUAAAACGCAGGCGAGAAAAUUUGUUUAAUUUUGGUCAUUUGUGGUUGGUUAAAUUGAAAGUGAGUGAAUUGGGCCUUAACGUUGCUAAAGGGGUUCUGAGGUCAGAUAACAGAGGAAGAAUGUACUUUUUAGAAUUAGCAAAUAAGUUAGAAUUGGGUUUAACCAGGGACAAAAGGAAAGCUGAAAUUGUAAUGGAGUUGGUCAAGCAUUUAGGUAUAUCAGAUAAACAGACAAGGGCAGUAGAAUUAGAAGAAGUUAAAUUGCAAAUGAGGCAAAUGGAGUUAUAAGAUAAAGAAAGGGAAAGAAAGUUCUUAGCCGAGUGGACAGACAAACUGGAGAGCUACUUGCCCAUGUAACGUAUUGCUCUCCAAGAAAUUGGAAACACCCUCGCUCAAAGUGCUAUUGCUAAGGAGGCACUGUGUGAGACUGCAGAAUGCACUCCCUGAUGGACUGUUUAUUGUUGCUGGAGAUUUCAACCAUGCAAAUCUCAAGUCUGCACUCCCUAAAUUCCAUCAACAUGUGGACUUUGUGAUUAGAGCGGGGAACAUGCUUGAUCUUGUUUAUACAAAUAUCCCCAAUGCAUACAAGGCAGAGCUCCAUGCCCACCUCAGCUCCUCAGGCCACAUCUCUGUUAUGCUAAUCCCAGCCAUUUCUGCUCUUCAAGACUGUGUUGAGCACACUGACUGGCACGUGUUCAGGGAGACGACAAACGAUGAUGAAUCUAUCAACUUAGAGGAGUACACAGUGUCUGUCAUUUGCUACAUUAGCAAGUGCAUUUACGAUGUCACUGUGUCUAAGACCAUCUUACCACAACCAGAAGUCGUGGGUGACCACAAAGAUACUUUUGAGUUGGACUGGAGAUGGAGCAGAAGUUGCAGAGUUAAAUCCCAAGGAUGUUGGAAUGCAAUCAGACCCACCAAUUUUCAACAUGAAAUUUAAGGGAGGGAAGAAUUUGUAAUCCAACUGAAUGUAAAUGGUCAAUUCAUCAGGGCGUUAGCAUCAUUCACAUUUCAAAAUGGAUGUGAAAACCACCACUCACAGCAGAGAGAAGCCAUGGAAAUGUGGAGACUGUGGGAAGGGAUUCAAUUACCCAUCGCAACUGGAAACUCACUGGCGCAGUCACACUGGGGAGCGGCCAUUUAGCUGCUCUGUAUGUAGCAAGGGAUUUACUCAGUUAUCCCACGUAAUGACCCAUCAGCAUGUUCACACGGAGGAGAGAGAAUUUAAAUGCUCUGAUUGUGAAAAGAGCUUUAAAAAUCAAUAUGCACUGACUGAGCACCAGCGAGUUCACAACAGGCGUGUGCCAUUCCGCUGCUCCCAGUGUGGGAAGAGCUUCAGGACAUCAUCCCAACUACUGAGACACCAGCGAGUUCACACUGAUGAGAGACCUUUUAAAUGUGCAGAUUGUGGGAAGUGCUGUAAAAGUUCAAAGGAUCUGAUGUCCCAUCAUCGGGUUCACACUGAGGACAAACCAUUCAGGUGCUCUCACUGUGGGAAUGGGUUCAGGCGAUCGUCUGACCUCACCGUACACCAACGAGUUCACACUGGGGAGAGACCGUUCACCUGCUCCCAGUGUGGGAAAGGAUUCACUCAGUCAUCCCACCUGCUGACGCACCAGCGAGUUCACUCUUCAGAGAGGCCAUUCACCUGUUCUGAGUGUAGGAGGGGAUUCACUCAAUUAUCCACUUUGCAGAAUCACCGGAGAAUCCAUUCUGAAAAAAGGCCAUUCACCUGCCCUGAUUGUGGAAAGGGAUUCACUCGGUCUUCCACCUUGUUAAGGCACCAGCGGGUUCACACUGACGAGAGACCUUUCAAAUGUACAAACUGUAAAAAGUCUUUCAAAAGUUCUGGGGAGCUUAUGUACCACCAGCGUGUUCACACUGAUGAAAAACCGUUCAGAUGCUCUCACUGUGGGAAUGGGUUCAGGCGAUCGUCUGACCUCACCAUACACCAGCGAGUUCACACUGGGGAGAGACCGUUCACCUGCUCCCAGUGUGGGAAAGGAUUCAUUCAGUCAUCCCACCUGCUGAUGCACCAGCGAGUUCACAAGUAACAGCAGGACUAGGUUUCUGCUGUAGCUGCUGCUGAUCAUCAUAACCAGGACUGAAUGAUUUUCAUUCAGAAACAGGAGGGUUGGUGGGUGGUUGAUCCUGAUUUCAGUUACCCCAGUUAGAUAAUGGUAACCCACAACAUCUCUCAUUCGUUUGUGAGUGGACCAUCAUAUCUGAAAAUCUCAUUUUUAAAUUGGAAUUUAUUCAGGAUCAACAUUGCACUGAAGAUGAACAAGAAACUAAUUUAUAGUUCUUAUGUAUUGACAAGAAAAGUUGUUAAUUGAGGAUGCAGCUAUGUAAGCUUGGAAUGUUGUGAAUCUCUCCCUGAUCUGUUUGUUAGACAUGAUCUUUAAACCUGUCAGAUAUUGAUGGAAUUCCUCUUCAAGUAACCUCCAACAGUUGAUCACCUCAGGCACCUCCCUGUUCUGAUAGGCACUCACCCAUUGGUGCUGGUUUGCACUGACUGACCUGUGGCAUCUUUGUUCCUUUUGUGAAGUCAGUGUGCCCAUUAGAGCUGACCUGCUAGAUAACUCUAAUGACAGCUUACACCAUUUCUAUAGAAAACCUGUCUGUCCACAUGUAACUGUAAGUUGAAUGUCUGUGGCAUGCUAGUGUGUAGUUCUGGUCAGCACACAGGAAAGAUUAUACACAACACAAUAGGAACGGUUUUGGAGAGGGUGCAAAAGAGGAUGUUGCGUGGACUGAAUUAGCUAUAAGGAGUGUUUGGACCAGUUGGAUUGUUUUCACUCCUGUUUUGGAAGCUGAAGGUGACCUGAUAGAAACAUAUAAAAUGUAUGAGAGACAUGGAUAGGGUAGAUAAUCUGAGUAUUUUUCCCAGGCAGUAAAUACCAAGGGGCCUGGGUUUAAGGUCAGAAUGGGAAAGUUUUUUUUGUUUACACACAGUGGUAGGUGCCUGGAAUAUGUUUCCAGGGGAGGUGAUAGAAACAGAAACAAUAGCAAUGUUUAAGAAACAUUUAGCCAGCACAACAGGCUGGGAUAUGGAGUGUGUGCUGGCAGAUGGGGUUAGUUUUGAAAAAUAUAAUGCUUGGCAUUGUGUACCAAUGGGCCUGUUCCUGAGCUGUACUGCUCUGUGUUCAAUAUAGUCUUAUAUCUUGGUGAUUUUGUUUCAGGAAAGACUGAAUUCCCAUGUACAACAACUUGAGGCUUAAUGAACAGCAGAAAUAGAAGCAGGAGUCUUCCAUUCAGACUUUGUGUUCCAGCUCAGUUCUAUAUUCCUGUUUUACCCCAUUUCCCUUUAGUCUGUACAUAGAAAAAAUGUACAGUGGAGUAGUGGACAGUGUGGAAGAAUGUUGCAGGGGAUUUGGAUAAACUGCAGAACUGGGCUGAGAGGUGGCAAAUGGAGUUCAAUGCAGCUAAA